CUUCUUCCAGAAGAAGAAUACAAAACCAUAUUUCUAUUUGAUGGAAUGUGGUUAGGUCCAAAGAAUCACUGUGAGUGUUCCCAAACUGAUAAAAUGGAGGUCUUUCAAAUGGAAAACUAUAUAGAUAAAGAUAAAAUUGAAUCGGUAAGGCAAAGACGUGAGAAGGAAUUCAAACAUCAUCAGAGCAGGCAUCCAUCCAAGAAAAAAGAUAUCCUUAUUGCUCCACCAAAUAUUCCAUUGAGUUAUCCCAUUCAAGGGGCUGAGGUGAUGCCCUUGCACACCAUUGUUCUUCCAGGGCUAGGUUUCCAUGGAACAAGUAGAGAAAAUCUAAAGGUAGUUCUACAAGCAUCCUUUGGUAAUCUGAAUACCCUUGCUGAUGUUCCUGAAGAAGUGGUCCAAGGACGUGGGACAAAAUUACUAACCAUUACUACUUCCUAUGUGAAGCUUUUGAAUCACAUCCUCGAACAUGUUACAUAUACUAGUACAAAAUAUCUACUAGAUGCAGUGGAUAUGAUGAAUUUUACAGAAGGAACUUACCUUGUUAAAUUUCCUGUUACCAUUCGACAACUGCACCUUCCUAAGCUAUUUGACCCAGGGCCAGAUAACAGCCUUAGAAACAUGGUAACCAUCACAAUAAAAUCAUUUUUACGCUACCACAAGCUGCGGAUCCUCCUGAAAAGCAUAAAACAAUACUAUCCGGAUAUAACAAUAAUUGUGGCAGAUGACAGUGAACACCCAGAGAAGAUUGAAGAAGCAAAUGUUCAGCAUUUCAUUAUGCCUUUUGGAAAGGGCUGGUUUGCAGGGAGGAACCUUGCAAUCUCACAGGUCACAACCAAAUAUUAUCUUUGGUUAGAUGACGACUACAUCUUCACUGAAAAAACGAAGAUUGAGAAACUUGUGGAUGUAUUGGAGAACAGCAACUUGGAUGUGGUUGGAGGCAGUGUAGAAGGAAAUGAAUAUAAAUUUAAGAUGUUCUAUGAGGAAGGAGAAGAUAGCAGCUGUUUGCACAUCAGAAGUGGCUUCUACCAUCGCUUGGAAGGCUUUCCCAACUGUGUAGUGACUAGUUGUGUUGUCAAUUUCUUCCUGGCUCAUACAGAGGAAAGCAGGCAUGUUGGAUUUGAUCCUAAGCUACAGAAGGUGGCUCAUUUAGAAUAUUUCGUGGAUGGGCUUGGAAUCUUGAGGGUUGGCUCCUGCAAUGAUGUUAUCAUUGGUCACCAGCCACGCCACAGGCCCACCAACACACAAGAAGCCAAUUCUGAAAAGUUGUAUGCUAAAUUUCGGAAUGCCUUUGCUAGUGAAAUUAACUUUAAAAUGCCCUUACAUUACUUUAAAAACAGAAUGAAAUGCUAUACAAAGAAGUGA